UAUUCAGCUUGACGACGUUCAUUAUCAAAGUGCGAAUACUUGUUGGGAAAAUAUUCUCAUUCUAUUCUGAUUUUAUACGAAAAUACGAAGCUACAAUAAUACAUGUUUUUGUAUGAAAAAGCAGAAUAGGCUGCACAAGGUGACGAUUUUAAAACGAAUUAUUUGGUCGAUGUUCCCAAACCUUUCAUUUUCAACCGUAAAAUUAAUCAAGAUUAAGUUUUCACGUUGAUAUCCAGUGAAUCUAUUAAGGAUGAUGUAACUUUAUUAUAUCUAUACGCAAAUUUUUGCUCACAUCAUUUCAAGGUCAAAUCUUGCAAAGAAUCUACAAUUUUUGAUCAAUUGGAAAAUUGACCUAGAGGAAGUAUUCUUAUUUGGGAUUGAAAUUUGCACCUAUACAUAUUUUUAGUAAUUAUUCUGUUAAUAAUAGAGUAAUUAUAUUUUACUUGUAAUUUGGUUUACAAUUUUUAUUGGUGAAAGAAACUAUAUGAAAUACGCGGCGAAAGAAUGAACGAUUAUAAUUCUAUUGCCAUCUUUGUAGCAGCUCGCAACGGUGAUUUGGAUUCCUUAUCUGCUCGGCUAAACAAACUAAAUUUACAAGAAACUCUUGCUGAUAAAAGAACACUGCUACAUUUAGCAGCUUCACGCGGACACGCGCAUAUAGUUCACUUUCUAAUAAGAAAUGAUGCCAAUAUUGAUGCAAAAGAUAUAAACGAAUACACGCCUCUUUCCUUAGCCAUUGGUGGAAAUUACAUGGAAGUAGCCAAGAUUAUUAUACAAAAUGGUGCAGAUGUAAAUAUUAGACAAAGAAAUGGAGAAACACCACUUCAUAUCGCCUCUAGAUUAAAAAACAUUCAAUUUGUUGAAAUUCUUUUAAAAAAUGGUGCAGAUGUAAAUAUUUCAAGUAAAUAUGGAGGAACACCACUUUAUAUAGCGACUGUCAGUGAAAACAUUCAACUUGUUGAGAUUCUUUUAAAAAAUGGUGCAGAUAUAAAUAUUGUAAAUCGAUAUGGAGAAACACCACUUCAUGUCGCCACUAAAGUAAAUAACAUUCAGCUUGUUGAUAUUCUUUUAAAAAAUGGUGCAGAUGUAAAUAUUUUAAAUAACUAUGAAAAAACACCACUUCAUAUAGCGACUGAGAUGGAGAAUAUUCAGCUGGUUGAUAUUCUUUUAAAAAAUAGUGCAGAUGUAAAUAUUGUAAAUGCAGAUGGAAAAACACCACUUCAUGUAGCGACUAAGAUGAAGAAUAUUCAGCUGCUUGAUAUUCUUUUAAAAAAUGGUGCAGAUGUAAAUAUUGUAAGUAAAUAUAGAGAAACACCACUUCAUGUCGCCACUAAAGUAAAUAACAUUCAAUUUGUUGAGAUUCUCUUACAAAAUGGUGCUAAGCUAAAUGGACAAGAUAAUUUUAGAAAAACAAUUCGACGCGCUGUUGAGAAUAAUCAUAUUGAACUUAUAAAAAUUCUUUUCAAACAUGGUGCCAAAGUUUAUCAACUUGACAAAGCUUAUGAAGGACGAACAGAUAAAGAAAGUUCAAUGACAGCUCUUCAUAUUGCUGUUAAAUAUAGAAAUUUUGAAAUGGUUAAAUUGUUAAUGACGAAUGGAUUUGACAGAAUUGACGCUAUAAACGAAUUGGGUGAAACUCCCUUGGAUUUGUCAAUACAAUCUAAUUGUUUAGAUGUUGUAAAACACUUGAUAGAAAACGGCGCAAAAAUAAGACGUAAACCUGUUCUUGAAGAAGCACUUCGCUCUGGCAAUUUGGAACUUUGGAAAUAUUUAUUAACAUGCAAUUCAACAAUAAUUGCAAAAACAUGUCCAUGUGAUUCUGAACUUCAUUCAGCUGUGCGAGCGAGUCAAGUAGAAAUUGUUGAGGAAAUCAUAAAAAAAGAAGCGAUUAAAGUAAAAUCUGAUCUUAGAUCUUGCGGAUGUGCAGUUUAUAUUGCUGUUGAAAAUGGAAACGAAGAAAUUCUGAAAAUUCUACUAACAGCGGGUUUUUCAAUUAAAAAUUUUCUUGGAAUAAAUCCUCUUCAUGUGGCAGCAACAUUCGAGCAUACACGAUUAGUAGAAUUGCUCUUGAAAUUUGGUGCCAACAUUAAUUCAAGAACAGAUGAACAUAUGAUCACCCCCUUGGAUUUUGCAGCAGCUGCAGCUCAUGCAAAUAUGGUUAAAUUUCUUUUAGAUGUCGGUGCUAAUCCAAUGGUAAACAGGAUUUCGGAUUUGACUUCACUUCAUUAUACACUACACAGAUUACUAGACAACGCUAAUGAAACGUGUGUUACUCCUUUAAUGUUUCAAAAUUUGUUAAAAAUUACAGAAAUGUUAUUAAUCGCCGGAGUUAAUAAAAUCGACGAAGAUAAUUAUGAAAAAUUAAUAAUAAAUGCCAUUAAAUUAACAGUUUCUAGCGAUGAUGAACAGAAUUCAUCUUGUUUUAACUCGAAAGAAAUAUCAACGGAAGGGAAUAUAAAUGACAAGAAAAAUAAUGCAAAAGGAGAAUUUCGUCCCGAAAUUAUUAGAUGCCUGCUGAAUUAUUUAAAAGAAAAUAAAGUCAAUGGUGUGUUAGAUAAUUUGUUAUAUUUCAACUCAAAAAUUAUUUCAAAAAUUGCAAAUGUUAUUAUGGAAUACUAUGAUUACAGAAAUAUAUCUCUUUUGAGCCCAAAUUAUUGGAUAGCUGUACACGUGAUCGAUCAAAUUGAGGAUAUCCAUUAUCUUUUGAGCUUAACAUGCUCUGCUGAAAUCAAUAUUUUAAAGAUGUAUGUUGCGCGACUAGAGCUACUUCCUUGCGAUCAAGAAGCGGAGAAAAAGAAAGUCGAUUUUUAUAAUAAAUGCUCCGUAUAUCUCGAUUGGCAAAAUGAAUGUCAAAAACAGAUAAUAAAUAUGCAAAAAACAAAAAUUAUCGACGAAUCAAAUGUGACUUUUUACGAUAUUUUAAUGAAAUCUAUUAAGCAAGUUUCGAUUAAAAUAAGAAACGAGAGAUUAUUAAAUAGCUUAGAAUUAUCGAUCGAGAAAUUUCCAAUUUAUGCUGACUUUUUUAAGAUACGUGUUAGUAAAGGUAAACAAAGAAAUGAAUUAAUUGAUAUGUGCGUAAAUGGUAUGUUUCGUCUUAUUGAAAAGAAUUAUAAAAUUACAUUUUGUCCUGAAGAUAUCGAAGAAAUUUUACAAUAUCUUUCAGUAAUCGAACUUCGAAAAUUAUCAAUGGCGUGUUCAUUAUUUUCGUAGUAAAAAGAAGUGGUAAUUUCAAUUAUUAUUUUUUUGUUUAAUUUGUUGUAUUUACAACUUAUAUUUUUGUACUCGAAAUUAUUGGCGCAUUAAAAUACAUAAAUGUAGGUGAAAAACAAGCGCCCAGAUAGCACGUAAGCUUGCAGCAACUGUGCGGCAAGCUUCAAAUGUCUUACCUGACCCAAGCUUUCAUGGUAAGCUUACCGAAAGAUUGCAGUGUAUGAUUAAGGCAAGAUUGCAUUAUAAGAUUAUCGCAAGCUUGCACGAUAAGCUUUCUGCAAGGUUGGUGCAGGGUUGCCAAAUAACCUUGCCAAGCAGCACAGAAGGUUGCAGCAAGCUUGCUCGGCAACAUAUGGCAAGCUUGGCGCAAGCUUGCGGAAUAUAACAAAAAAAUUUUAGGGGGAGGAAAAUUAUUUUUAUAUAUAUACAUUGAGCACCAGUUCCUGGAAGGUCAAAAAAAUUUACUGCGCAGCCGUAUGUGCUUGUGAUUGCAAGUGCACAUAGUGCUCAUUUUCAAUGUAAACUUCUGUGCUGAUUGGGCAAGGUUAUUGGCAACCUUGCACCAAGUUUAUCGUGCAAGCUUACAUAGCAAGCUUGCGAUAAUUUUAUCAUGCAAUCUGGGUCUGGGUGAAGGUAUUUUAAAUAAUCCAAAAAAUAUUAAACAAAAUCGUUUGCCCACAACUAGACUAGGUCUAAAAUUUGUUAAAUUUGAAAUAUUUUUUUAUAAGUAAUUUUUAAAAAAUCGACCUGUACGUUAAUUGAGAAAAAUGACUUUAUGCGAGCAUUAAAAAAUAAAAAAAAUCCUUAAAAUUCUGAAUUUUUGAAAAAAUUCAUACCUCGUAAACGGAUUACUAAAAAAAAAUUGAAAAAAAUUAUUCAAUUAGUAUACAAAAAGAGAAAAAAGUUUCAAUAAAAUCGGAAAUUUAAAUGUAAAAUGAUGUCUGUUUUGGCGUGGA